ACAGUAGCAAACAGCCUCUCGUGCCCCAAAGGAGAAGGCACCUCCGCGCGCGUAUCUUCGGCACUGACCCCCUCCCACCCCCACAGCUUGCAGGAUGGAGUCGACGUCCCCUCGUGAUACGUCGGUUUGAUCGCAUUUAUCAAUACUGAGGGAGUACUAUUCACUCCCCACACGUUUGCUGAGGUACUCGGCGAUCAUGGCGAACACUGCUCAUUUGGUCAGGAGACAGAGCUCGAGGGAUCUCAAGCCACAGAAGAGUGUUGAUCGUCUUGAAAUGAAGGAGAUGCGGGGGAGGCUCGUUGUCGAGAGCAGAAAGACAACUGCUACUGCCAGUUAUGGAGCCACGAAUGCGGGAUUCGAUGACUCCAGUCCAAACACCAAGAGCAAAGGUUUAAACACGGGGGAUGGCGGAGGUGCCAGUGGGGUUGGGGGCAGUAAACUGGGUAGCAAUGAGGGCAAAGCAAUAUUUCGUCCAGAGGCAGGUGAGGACGAGCGUGAAAACUGGGACAGCAAGUUAACAUUUCUAUUGGCCACUGUUGGAUACGCCGUGGGCCUCGGUAAUGUCUGGAGAUUUCCCUAUUUGGCGCAGAAGAAUGGGGGUGGGGCUUUUCUCAUUCCCUACUUCGUUAUGCUCGCCAUCGAGGGCAUUCCAAUUUUUUACCUGGAACUUGCCAUCGGCCAGAGACUCAGGAAGGGUGCCAUUGGUGUUUGGAAUCAGGUGUCACCGUUUCUCGGGGGCAUUGGCAUCAGCAGCGCUGUUGUCUCGUUCAAUGUUGCACUUUAUUACAAUACUAUUAUUGCCUGGUGCCUCUUUUACUUCGUUCAAAGCUUCCAGUCCGAAUUACCGUGGGCCACAUGUCCCAACAAGUACUUUCAGAACGGGUCCUAUGCCCCCGAACCAGAAUGCCAGCAAAGCAGCCCAACGCAAUAUUUCUGGUAUCGAACGACCCUCAUGAUCUCCAAGGACAUCAACACGCCCGAGGUGUUCAAUUGGAAGAUCGCAAUAGCCCUAGUGAUCGCCUGGAUCCUAGUCUAUAUGUGCAUGAUAAAGGGGAUCGCCUCCUCGGGAAAAGUUGUGUACGUCACAGCCACUUUCCCGUACAUCGUCCUCAUCAUCUUCUUCUUUCGGGGCGUCACGUUGAAGGGAAUGUCCGACGGUGUGCGGCAUCUCUUCACGCCGAAGUGGUACACACUGACUGAUCCAGUAGUAUGGCUCGAAGCUGGCACCCAGAUAUUUUUCUCCCUUGGUUUAGCAUUUGGAGGAUUAAUAGCAUUUUCAUCCUACAAUCCAGUUAAUAAUAAUUGUUAUCGUGAUGCCAUUAUGGUCAGCCUCACAAACUGCUUCACAUCGAUGUUCGCUGGCAUCGUGGUAUUCUCCAUUAUUGGUUUCAAAGCGACAAUGGUGUACGAGCAGUGUCUGCACGAUCGCAAUCAGACGGUGCUCAGCAUAUACGGCCACAGUGAGAAAAUACCCAGUGUCUUGCCCCCGGGGGGUACCCUGUUGAACAUAACGAGUGGCAAUGGUACUCUUGAUAACAUCAUUAUGCCGGAAUUACCUGUGUGCGAUCUCGAGAAGGAGCUCGACAAUUCCGCCUCCGGCACGGGACUCGCUUUUAUCAUUUUCACCGAGGCCAUUAAUCAGUUCCCUGGGGCUCAGUUCUGGUCUGUUCUCUUCUUCCUCAUGCUGUUUACACUCGGCAUUGACUCGCAAUUUGGCACUCUUGAGGGCGUCGUCACCAGCAUUGUUGAUAUGAAACUAUUGCCUAAUUUGAGGAAGGAAAUUCUUACAGGUGGAAUUUGUCUAAUUUGCUGCAUAAUUUCGAUGGCAUUCGCCCACGGCGCCGGAAGCUACGUAUUCGUUCUGUUCGAUAAUUUCAGCGGAAACUUCCCCCUGUUAAUUAUUGCCUUCUUCGAGUGCGUCGGAGUGUCCUACGUCUACGGGCUCAAACGGUUUGCCGAUGACAUCGAACUGAUGACGGGCAAUCGGCCCGGGCUCUACUGGCUCAUCUGCUGGAAGUACCUCAGUCCACUAGCCAUGUUAACUAUUCUCGUAGCAUCUUUCGUUGAAAUUGUGACCAAGGGCACGGGAUACGACGCCUGGAUACCCAGCAAAGGUGUCACCGAGAGGCAUGAGUGGCCACCCUGGGGCAUGAUCCUCAUCGCUAUUUUAAUUAGCGCUUCGGUUCUGUGGAUUCCAGCUGUUGCUAUUUUCAGAUUCUUCGGAAUUCUCAUUAUCGAUGAUAACGAAAAAGCCUGGUUCCCAGCGCAAGACCUCAAAGAAUUUCACGGAAUAGUUCCCCACGAGGUGACAGCAGCCGAAACCCUCCUCUUCUGCAUCAGGAGCGACGGGUCCGAGGGCCUGUGCUGUCCCACGGGUGGUUCCAAUGACGAUGACGACGAGGAUCUCACCUAGAACAUCCUCCGUCAGUCUAGGUUACUCAGGCCAGACUAAAUUAUACCAAAACUCCAAGUGAAACGAGAAUUUUAAUGGCUCUCGACUGCAACUGUCUGCUCCCGCAAUUUUUCUUUUCAAUGUUCCCUCGAUUUAUCAUUCUCAUCGUUCAUAGGAGAGGAUUCGCACUAUCGUAGGGUCAACCGUGUCAAUUACGCUGUGAAAAUAACUCGUUAGCGAUGCCUGCCUACUCCCUACCACGAAGAAAAAAAAUCCUAAUGAAUGAUUUACGUACAAAAAACAAAUUCCUCUUGUUGAAUAGUGGAUUAUCACGACGAGUGCUUCUGUAGAAAAAUAGAACAUUUUCUCGUGAAGUCACUCCUUGUCGAGUUCAUUCCACAAUUACCAGAUUCAAUUUAUCGUAUCAGGUACGAAAAAACUUCAUUUUAUUUCAUUGAAUAAAUUCCGCAGCUUAUCUGCACAUUUUCUAUGGAAUAUAUUCUAUA